AUAAUUUUAGUAUAAAAGGAGAUCGAAAUGAUUGUGAUGAUUUAAUCGUGUUGCUAAACUCAAUUGAUUAAAGAAAUAACUCCAGCAAUUAGAAAAAGUAAAAUGAAAUUACUAAUCACUUUAUUUGUCGCCCUUUGUUUUGUUGCUAGCCUUGCUUCAGCAACCUCGCGUCUUCGACGAGAACGAGCUUAUCGAGAUGGAUUAUUAGACGGACUUGGAGUUGAUUACGGACGUUAUUCUGAUGAUGAUGUUUAUUACAGACGAGGUAAUCGCCGGUUCAGAGACAGAGCUGACUACUAUGCAUCCCGACCAGUUGUGUCUGUUCCUAGCUCUGCUGGCUCAGCUGCUGGACCAGAUUCAAGUACUGCUAAUGUUGUUCUUGGUGGCUCUCGAGGUACUACUCUCGGAGCUCGAGCUGGAUCUGAACAAAGCUAUGGGUCAUCACGAACCAACGCAGAAGCUUAUGGAUCAAACUAGAAACAUGAAGAAAUGAACGGAACACUUUAUAUUUUUUUCGUUCCAUCAUAAAAGAAAUUAUUAUUGUAUUAUAAAGACAGUUUGUAUUCAUUCGUAAAAUGAAAAAUGAAAAUAAAAUUUCAAAUUCAGUACGAAAAA